UCACAGUGAUCUCCUGCCAAGUCACAAGCAAAACAAACAAGCCAGAGAGGGGGGAGCGAGAUCGAGCGCUGUUGGACUUAAGUGGGGGAGUGCAGUUGGGAGUUGCCACCUGAGUGAAGAAGCCCUUGGAGGGCACAAAGCUGAGAGGGGACAGAGUGCUUCAUUGCAAAAAGUCACCACUGCCUUUCUACUUCCUCACAGUCAAGCCAAGUGAUUAGGAGCGAUGGCUGAAGCCCAUCAGGCGGUGGGCUUCCAGUUCACUGUGCGUCCGGAUGGCGUGGACCUCAAACUGAGCCAGGAAGUUAUCACUAACAUCUGCCAGGCUGGUCUGACGGCGUGGAAGAAGAGAGCCAUACGGUUCAAGAAUGGCAUCUUGGCUGACCUGUAUCCGGCCAGUCCGUCCAGUUGGCUGAUUGUGGUUAUCGUCAUGAUAAGUAGCUUAUACACGGGCCUGGACCUCUCGCUGGGAAUUAUAAACUCCAUCCAGGAAAACAUGGCGCUCAGAGGAUAUCUAUCAGUGCAGACGGGCGCGGUCCUGAGCGCCGUGGUGUUCGCCAGUGCCGCGUGGCUCUUCCUCAUCUACCUGCUCAGGUACACGCUCAAAGCUCUCCUCUCCUACCAUGGCUGGAUCUUUGAAUCCCACGGAAAGAUGAGCACGUCCACUCAAGUGUGGCUGAACCUGGUGAAGAUGUUUUCAGGGCGCAGACCACUUCUUUACAGCUUUCAGGCGUCCUUACCCCGACUACCCGUACCCAAGGUGGAAGCCACGAUCCGCAGGUACCUGGAGUCGGUGCGUCCUCUUUUGGAUGAUGAGCAAUAUGAGGAAAUGAAGAUUUUGGCCAAUGAUUUUAAAGAGUCAGAGGCUGCCCAGCUGCAAAGAUACUUGAUCCUCAAGUCUUGGUGGGCCUCCAAUUAUGUAAGUGACUGGUGGGAGGAGUACAUCUACCUGAGAGGCAGAGGCCCAAUUAUGGUCAACAGUAACUUCUACGUCAUGGACCUUCUGCAUGUGACGCCAACUCACCGGCAGGCAGCGCGUACUGGCAACGUGGUGCACGCCAUGCUGCAGUACAGACGCAAACUGGAGCGUGGUGAACAUGCGCCGGUAAUGCCCCAACAUGCUCCAUACACAAUGACACACCAUUUGACUGGAACCGCUGUAACUUUUCUUCUCUCUUUUGUCGCUCAGCUGAGGGCUCUGGGAACGGUUCCCAUGUGCUCCGCUCAGAUGGAGAGGAUGUUCAACACAACUCGCAUCCCAGGCAUUGAAACAGAUUUUGUGCAGCACCUGAGUGACAGGAAGCACGUGGUGGUGUACCACAAGGGUCGCUUCUUCCAAGUGUGGCUGUACAUGGGGGGACGUCACCUCUUACCCAGCGAGCUGGAGACCCAAUUUAGCAGGAUCCUUAAUGAUACAUCCGAGCCCCAGCCUGGUGAGCUCAAACUAGCCGCGUUGACUGCUGGAAGCAGGGUUCCGUGGGCUCGGGCUCGGAUGAAAUACUUCAGCCAAGGAGUGAACAAAGCGUCCUUGGACGCGGUGGAGUCGGCAGCCUUCUUUCUGGCAUUGGAUGACGAGUCUCAGGGUUACGACGCUGCCAGCAACUCUCUGGACCGCUAUGCCAAAUCUCUGCUGCAUGGAAAGUGCUACGACAGGUGGUUUGACAAAUCUUUCACCCUCAUAACUUACCCCAAUGGCAAAAUGGGAAUAAACGCAGAACAUUCGUGGGCUGACGCACCUAUCGUGGGACACAUGUGGGAGUACAUCAUUGCCACGGACUGCUUCCAGCUGGGCUACACAAAGGAGGGCCACUGCAAAGGAGACGUAAACCAAGGCCUCUCUUAUCCCACACGACUCCAGUGGCUCAUUCCAAAGGAGUGCGAAAAUGUGAUCGAGACGUCCUACCUUUCUGCUAAAAGGAUAGCGGAUGAUGUGGACUUCUUCGCCUACGUCUUUGGUGCAUUUGGCAAAGGCCUGAUUAAAAAGUGCCGGACCAGCCCGGACGCUUUCAUUCAGCUGGCCUUGCAGCUGGCACAGUUCAGGGACCAGGGGGAAUUCCGCUUGACAUACGAGUCUUCCAUGACGCGCAUGUUCAGAGACGGCCGCACGGAGACGGUGCGUUCGUGCACCUCUGAGGCUGUCGCCUUCGUCAGAGCAAUGGAGGACCGACAGACAACCAACACGGAGAGGCUGGCGCUGUUUCGGAAAGCGGCCGACAAGCAUCAGAACAUGUACCGUCUAGCCAUGACCGGUUCCGGCAUCGACCGACACCUUUUCUGUCUCUACAUUGUGUCCAAGUAUCUGGGCUUAGAUUCACCAUUCCUAAAGCAGGUUCUAUCGGAACCGUGGAAGUUGUCCACCAGUCAGACUCCUCAGCAGCAGCUCAACUUGGUGGACAUCAAUAAAUUCCCGGAAUAUGUCGGGGCUGGAGGCGGAUUUGGCCCUGUGGCCGAUGACGGUUACGGCGUGUCUUACAUCAUUGUUGGAGAAAACCUCAUCACAUUCCACAUCUCCUCCAAGGUCUCAAGCCCUGAUACGAACUCGCGCAGGUUCGGUCAACACAUCAGCAAAGCCAUGAUGGACAUCCAAACGCUUUUCCAUCCCAUAAACAAGACGAUGACAGACGACGAGUCUAGGAUGCAGCUCAACAACGGCAAGAAGCAUAUGUAGCAGACCUGUGUAUGUGUGCAUACUGUAUGUAAGUGUGCAGACUGUAUUUAAGUGUGCGUGUGUGUCUGUCUAUGCAACAGUUGAUGCAGUUGCGAUGAUGUCACACACACACA